AUGCUGCCUCUUCUCCUUCUCGCCGUCCUUCCGCUCUUUGCUUGCUCCAAAGUACGCGCUGCUUCCUUCACUCCUGCCAGCAUCCCCCUUGCAGUUCGCGCCCCCUAUGUCAACGCCUGGCAGAUCUCGACGAAUGGAUCAGCACCACUCUCCAGUUCGUGGCCUAAGUUCUGGUCUCAAACGGGUCCGGACGUGGGCUGGAGAGGCAAGGUUCGGAUUGACGGGACGAUGUACACCUGGAUGGGCCGCGACCUCGACUCUCCGUCAGCAAACAUCACCUCUGUGCAAGUCACCCCGACAAGAAGUAUCUACACCAUGCAGGUGGGCCCGAUGACCCUCACAAUCACUUUCCUAUCCCCUCUCGAGCCCUCCGACUGGGUCAAGCAGUCCAUUCCUCUGUCAUACGUUGCCUUGGAGGCGACCGCGAACGACAACGCGGUCCACACUGUGCAAGUAUACAGCGACAUCACGGCCGUCCAAUGGCUCUCGCCCAACCUGACCAGCCCGGUGAACUGGACCUCGGUGACCACGAGCAGCAGCGUCUACCACGAAGUCGACUUCAUCACCCCCGCACCUUUCACAGAGUUCAGCGACCGCGCGAUGGACGGGCGCGCGUUCCACGCGACGGCAGCAGUACCGAACCUCUCAUGGCAGAUCCAAGAGUUUCAGAUCGUCCACAACAACUUCAAGACAAACGGCCGUCUGCCCAACACUGCCUUGACCUCGCAACCAUCCGACGGGCUCGACUUCCUCGCCUUCGGCCUCGCCAUCGACCUGGGCACAAUCAGCAAGACUUCGCAGCCUGUGUCUUGGGUGGUGGGGAACCUCCGCAAUCCGACAAUCCGGUAUGUGACACCCACCGGAGAGACUCAAGACCGAGUCCCUUACUACGCCACGCAAUACUCGUCUGCCGCCGACAUCGACGCGUUCACCACCGGCUAUUCGGAUGCUCUGGCGCGCGCGAUUGCGCUAGACAACAAGAUCACGGGAGACGCGGGCAAGAUCUCGUCCGAAUACGUCGACUUGGUCUCGCUCAGCACGCGUCCGGUGCUUGCGACUCUCGACAUCACUGUUUCCCGGAACGCAGACGGUAGCGUGAAUGCGUCGGACGUGAUGGUCUUCAUGCGCGACAUCGGCACCUCGUCGCGCAUCAACCCUGUCGAGCGCAUGUACGCCUCGUUCCCGGCAUUCCUUUAUCUAAAUGCGUCGCUCGCUGGGGCCAUGUUGCGCCCGCUGCUGCAGUCGCAAUCGCAACUGACGCUUCCUUAUGCGGUGCAAGAUCUCGGUUUGCAGUAUCCCAUCGCUUCGGGGGGUCGAGGAGGACAGUCCGAAGGCGUGGAAGAGACCGGAAAUAUGUUGAUCAUGAUGUACGCGCACGCCAAGGCUUCUGGCGAUGGCACACUGCUCGCGCAGAACUACCAUCUUGCCAAGAAGUGGGCUGACUACCUUGUGUCGAACAACAAUGCCGUCCUCAUACCCAACCAAGUGUCUCCCGACGGCAUGAUAGCAGCCAACAUGACGAACCUCGCGAUCAAGGGUAUCAUCGCAAUAAAGGCCAUGGCUGAGAUUAGUCGCGUGUUCGGCGCGGUCGACGACGCAAACAUGUACGACAGCAACGCAACAGCAAUGGUGCAGACGUGGAUGUCCCUCGCGACAUCUAGCGACUCCAGCAAGCGCAUUCUCGGACAGUACGGGAGCUCCGACUCAUGGGCGCUCAUGUACAACCUUUACCCCGAUGUGCUGCUCGGGACAGGCCUCGUUCCGCAAUCGCUUCUUGCCAGCCAGACACAGUACUACAAAUCGCUGCUUCAGAACGACGGUGAGCCUUCUAGCUGUUUCCCUACACGAAUCAUUUCUGAACGCUUCCAUCUAGCCUGGCUCUUGUUCACGAGCGCCACUCUCUCCGAAAGCGACACAUCGAUCAGAGACUCCAUGAUGUCCGGGGCAUGGAAUCGGGCCUCCUACAACGGCGUCCAGGGUGCGAUGCCCGACGACUACCAGUGCGCGACCGGGGCCAGUGGUACUGGCGCGGCAGGGCCUGGACUGGGCGCAACGUACGCACACCUCGCCCUGAACGUGAUGGACGGCUCUUCUAUCAACGUUCCAUUCAACGGCUCCACCGGUGCCACGGACUCCACCUCCACAGGGACCGGUAGCGGGAAUCCGAACGGCGAGAACAACAACGGUUCCAAGACGUCCAACGUCGGCCCCAUCGUCGGCGGCGUCGUCGGCGGCGUCGUCAUCCUCAUCAUCGCGGGCGUCGCCUUCUGGUACUUCCAACGGCUGCGCCGCGCCCCCUCCUCCGACGCCGUCGCCGACCCGUACGACCGCGCCGCGCCCCUGUUCUCGCAAACCCGCUCCGAGGGCAGCACCGUGCCGCCGUCCAUGACGCACCCCGCAUCCUCCUUCACGUCGCCGCGCACCCCGCCCGGCGGCCCGGCCUCGUUCGAGACGCAGACGCUCCUCACCGGCACCUCUCCCGCACGAUCGCCCCAGAGCGCGCCCUGGAGCUCCCUGUACGUCCCCGAAGCCUCCGUGGGCGCCCCUGCACCCCUCGUGCCCAACCGCCGCCCCGCGCCGCCCCCGCCCCCGCCUGCGACGGUCGGAGGGAGAUACUCGAAAGCGCGCGAGGCGGCCAUGAACCAGGCGCAGUACCACCAUCACGCCUCCGCCUCGGACCCGGACUCGGCCUCGUCGGACGGCAGCCGCGCCCCAGCGCCGCAUGUGGGGUGGGGAGGGACUGGGAGGACCAGUCGGUGA